CCGAUUUCGUUCAUGGCCGCGGAAGCAUGAAGACCGAAGACGGGAUCUGGGGCAUGGCGUCGCUCUGGCGGCAGCGAGGCCCCAAGGCGGUCGUGGGCAUUAUCGACACGGUCUUUCUGCACGGCCAAAAGCCGGGCCAAUGGUUCUUUACGUGCAAAACCGGCGAAGUGUUGCGCAAGAAGAAGCUUUCGGAGCUCGUCGAGCGCUUUGUGCGCAUCGCGCGCGCCAACGAGCGCAACGUCAACGGCCACAUUUGCGUCGCACGCCGCGCCGACGGCUCUGGCGUCGUCUGGGACCACGCCUCAUUCCUUCGGGCACUCGACGCGCCGCUCGAUCCCGACAUCCUUGCGCUUCAACCAUUUGUGUGCAGUCGCGGCAGCCUUGGCGCGAUCUACCGCGUCGACAUGCGCGCGUCCUCGGACCGGGCACGCCCCAUCUUUGCAACGCACAAACUUGCUCAGCACCAAAUGCAAUCCGACGAGCCGGUGAUUGCACUGGACGCGCCGUUAUCUGGCGUCAAGUGCCACGCCAAGCCCAUCAACGCCCGCCUGCAUCAGAUUACAAUCAUGCUCAGUCGUCACAUCGAGGAGGUCCACGGUUGCGCGGUAAAGGAGCUGACCGCCGACUACCUCUUGGACGACGACAACCAGAUCUGGCUCGCGUGGAUCCCGUCGGUGAGCUACGUUCGGACGGCACGGCGCGUUGGCAGCGACCACUCCAUCGACGUCGACGAGCCCUACGACGCUCUCGGCCGCACGGGCCAAGAAGCCGUGUUUGACCAAGCCGAAGAUGCCAUCGAUCGGGCGCUGACGCCGGCGACGCAUUUCAGCCUCAAACUCGCGACGCAGGGCGAGCCGCCGCGCGUGUUUCCGACGCCGUUCAAGUGCAGCGGCGACUUCUGCGCCUACGACCUCGCGUCGCCGGCGCCACUGAUCGCCGACGUCGAGGUCAACGGUCUCCCGACCUCUCGCCGGAAUGCGCACGCGCUCUUUGAACCCGAGGCCGUCGCCGCGCUCGGGUACGCCAAACUGCACGAGCUCCACGGCAACUCGGUGCGGCAGCUCGCCAACGCGGCGCCCGACCGCCUGCAGUUUACGCUCACGUACAAGUCGAUCGCGCUGGCCAAGACCAACAAGCAGCGCCUCCUAUCGGCGACGACCGUGCCAGCGCCGGUAGGGCGCCAAAAAGCCUACUUGGCACCGACGGCCACGACGUCGAUGCGUGCAAAUCUGAGUAAGCUCUACGGCGAGCUCGAUGGCGGCACGGCCAACUACUACCGCCAAGUCAAAGUGUGUCGCAACUGCUUUGCCGUCUACUCCCUCCUCGACGCUGCUCGACCGCUCCUGGACGCGCUCGCCUCCAACAACAACAACAACCACAACAACGAAGCGACGUCGAGCCGUGACGACGUCGAGAAGCGAGGUCGCGUCACCGCCGUCAGUGACAACCACCAAGCACCCAAGCUUCCGCGGCUCUCAUCGUCGAGUCCCCGGACAGUCGACGCCGGGCUUCGAACGAGUGCAAGCAUGCCGCAGCUUGGAAAAGCACUGCGGAAAGUAUCACCAACAAAGCCCAAGCCGUGGCGCCAAUCAAAAGAAGAGACCGACGUCACCAAGUCGUUCGAGGACUUUGUCGGUCUCGAUGGCUACUUGCGCGGGAAGGACCGACGGCGCAAACACAAGCCACUCCGUGAAAACGCCUUGUUUCCGAGCGGCCUCCCACUCAAGUCGGCACCCGUCAAUAAUGUCGACAGUGGUCCCUCGGUCUUGCUCAUCGACACGGACCAAGAUCGGAUUCAAUGCAUUUUGGACGCACUCGAGGCAUACGAAGUGCAAGCCCUGUGCGACGGCGCGCUCGGCCUCAAGGAAGCGCAGUCCCGUCAUUUUGACGUCAUUUUGUGCCACCGCGACGCACCGAGCAUGCACGCACUCGAGUUUACAAAGCUCCUUCGGCAACACGAGAUCCAGCACAGCAUCGCGCUGCAUGCGCCCGUGCACCGGUCGCCGAUCGUGUGCAUUACCGAGCACACGUCGCCGGAAGACCUCCGCGCCUACAUGGACGUGGGCAUGGACGGAUGCCUCAGUUUGCCGCUCGAUCUGUCGGCGUUGCGCCACACGGUCGACGCGGCGAUCGCGUCGAUCUCGAAGCGCCGACGCCCGGUCAAGCGAACGACGUCGACGGUGGCGUCGGUGCACCCGUUUCCGGUGCCAUCGGCCACCGACGCCCGGACGUUUGCCGGUACCUUUCAGAUGGACGUCGACACGGCGAUGCCAUUUCUCAUUCUCAAUCGCCCGAGCGCCGCUACCUCGACGCUCUUCAACCUCGUGGUCGUCCACGAUAUCUUUGAUACGCUAGAGCGACUGCAGAUCUUUCUCGCGCCGAUUCUGCGUCGGUACGACGCCGCGCAGGUCCUCCUGUGGAACUACCCAGGCCAGGCGAGUACGACAUGGCGCCCCGGCGUCGUGCUCAACAACGUGUACUUGGCGUCGUGCCUCCAAGCGCUACUUCGCCACGUGGGACCGGACGUGCUCGGCGAGUUCAAAUCAGCGCCUUUCCUGCUGCUCGGGUACGGCAAUGGCGUCCCGAUUGCGCUCCAGUACUGCGCGCUCGCGCCGUCACCGCAACUCCGCGCCCUCGUGAGCGUCAAUGGCUUUGCCCACGUCGAUCCGACGCUGGCCGCCUUCUUCCACGACGCACUCAAGGUGUUUGCUUGCUCGCCAGCAACGCGGCCGGACCUGCCCGUGUACUUUCACGCCCGGUUUCUCUUCUCUGGCGCGUAUCUUGCGACUGUCUCGACACCGCUCGCUCUCAACUUGUACACGGCCGUGAGCAACUCGAUCUCGCUCGAAGGUCGCGUCGCGCUCUGCUUGGGCGCCCUUAGCCACAUCGACAUGCGCGAGGCCCUACAGAAGAUCAACGUGCCCACGAUCUUUGUCGCGGGCGCGCAAGACGGCCUCGUGCAGCCCAAGCACGUCGAGACGUGCGUCGCGUCGCGCGGGGGGCUCGUCGACUCGAUUCACAAGGCGCUCGUCCAUAGACGCUCGAAAGCUUGUGUUGUCUGGUUCGACGCGGGCCACGAAGUGUGGCAAGAGUGCAAGCCGGCAAUGGCCACGCUCAUGGAGCAGCUCAUCACGGGCUUUCACGAGACGCACGACAUGCUACUUCCGGCAACAACGACACCGUCAAUCUCAACGUCAACCUCAAAGUCAAGUGCAAAGUCAAGUGCAACUUCAAUGUCCAAACCGGCACAUGUGCCACAAAGUUAUGAAGACCACUUUAUCAACAAGAUUAUGGGCACGAUGAGCGACGUCAAGGCCGCGCACCAUGUGGGCGACGCGUCGUGGGCCGCGUACCAAGAGGCCCACGCAAAGUCCGCGCACCCAAAACAGAGUACGAAGGCGGCCUCGAAACCGAGCGCGCCGCUCGACCUGACGUUGGAUCCGAUGGCGCCCGCGUUUGAGCGUGAAACCAACCGCAUCUACAAGGCCGGCGACGGCAGCCGCAUCUACCCAAGCGACCGCAAGGACGUCAAGGAGUACAUGAACUGGCGCGUCCAGCGGAAUGCCACGCGGCUCACUCGCAUGGACCGCGCCGCGCGGUCCAUUCAAAGGGCGUACCAUGCGUACCGGGCUCGAACCCUCGCGCACCGGGUCGCCCAGCACAAGGCCGCGCUCCGCAUUCAACGCGUCUACCGCGGUUGCAAAGGCCGCGUUCUCGCGGCUAUUCGCCGCAAGGAAGACUGGGCGGUCCGGCUCGUCCAGCGCGCGUGGCGGGGCAAGGCUGGCCGCGAUAUCUACGCGCUCCGGAAGCGUCAGCGUGCGAGUGCGAUCGCGAUUCAAGCGGUCGCCCGCGGCUUCCUCGGACGUCGGCGCGUCCGUCAUUUGCGCGCGCGCCGGUAUGCAUCGGCGUGCAUCAUCCAGUCGUUGUUCCGUCGGCUGUAUGCCAUCAAGAUUGCACAGCGCCGGCGUCUUCAGCGCACGUCGGCCAUGGCGAUUCAGCGCAUCUACCGGGGCCGGCUCGGGCGCAAGCGCUUUGCCGCCGAGAAGGACAAAUACCUCUACUCGAAAGCGCAGUCGCAGAACAUUGAUUUUGGCAAGCAAAUGCUCCUCGAGUACAAGCUCUAUGGCACGCGCCUCCAGAGCGAAGUGCAAUUGCUGCUCAACGAGAAGGGCCGGACCGAAGCAUCGGUCGAUGCGCUCCUGAAGGAGAUCUCCGAGUUUGAAGAAGGCGUCCACGUCCUCGAGACGGAGAUGCACGCCCUCAGCAAGAUCGAGACGGAAGCCACGGGUGUGCUCGACGAGCAGGCCAAGUGGCAGCUCCGCGAGCAAAAAAUGCGCCUCGACCGCGAGUUUGGUCACAUGCUCAAGAAGAUUGCGGACCGCCGCGAGAAGCUCGUCGUCCUCGGCGCAUCGCUCACGUCGCUCGACCAAGCGCGCCAUGCCAAGGAGGAGGACCUGCGCGGUCUCGAGCGCAAGCUCCUCCUCCUCCUCGAAGACCAGCAAAAGCAACUGCAAGGCAUCAAGGCCAAGCAGGCCAAGCGGUCGCAAGUGCUUGUCGACAUCGCGGGCGGCGUGACCGAGCCAGGGCCUUUGGGCGCCGAUGGCGCCGGCCCAGUGGCAGGCCCGGCGUCGACGGUGAGCCCCGAGCAGCGCCAGGAAGCCAACGCCCUCAUGGAGUCGACCGAGACCAUGAUGAAGUUUGGGUUCAUGUCCAUGUCCAUGACGUACUUUAGCAGCAUGAAUAUGAUCAAGGCCAUGCGCCACAUUGGCGCGCACCACACCUUCCUUGAGAGCGCGGCGGCCAUCCACCAAGCUGGCGCCACUCCCUCCAUCCUCGGCGCGCCGUCGCCCUUCCAAGCGACUGCGCCGCCCGGAAGCUUCCCGGGGCAGCAGCCGCUGCUCGUGAGUGCGUGGAGCGUCCUCGACGUCGGCCGCUGGCUCGACACGAUGGCGCUCGGCACGUACAAGCAAGCGUUCGCCGAUGGCACGGUGGACGGCGCGCUUCUCUAUGAUCUCAACGACCACGACCUGCGCUACUCGCUCGGCAUUGAGCACGACUUGCAUCGGAAGAAGAUCCUCCAGGCCGUCGACCGGCUCAAGGCGGCCGAGGGCAAGACCAAGGAGCGCUUGUACGCCGCCGCCGACGCCCCGUUGUCCUCGUUGCCGGACGCAUCACCCUCGGCGACACCACUGGCAUCAACCUCGGCGACACCAGCAGCAACGACCCCGGCACCUCAAGGGGCACCCCUCGACGUUGAUCCUGGCGUGCCCAAGCUCGCGGUGCAAUUCGAAGAGCUCUGCUCCAUGGCGCGCAACGGCAAGCUGAAAGCGCUCAAGGAGGCGCUCGCGCGCUGGCCCGACGCGCCCUUCGAUAAGCUCAGCGUCAAAUCGCAGUGCGAUCUUGGUGUCGGGACCGUCUACGACGACAGCCUCGCGCGCCUCGCGUUCCACGUCAACUUGAGCGACGACCAUGGCAACACGCUCUUGAUGCUCGCGGCGCAGAACAAUGGGCUCAAGGUCGCGCAGUUCCUCCUCUCGAAAGGCGCCAAUCCCAACCAUCAAAACAAGCAAGGCCAGACCGCCGGCCACUACGCGAUGGCGUACAACUUCUUUGACCUCGGCGCGUGGCUCCUCGACCCGGACAAGGGCGGCGGCCGCGACGACCUCCCCAAUAUGCACGGGCUCACGGCCUACGACGGCCUCGGGUAGCGACCGCCACUUGUUGAUAAGUUAUUGAGAUUUGAUGACGCA